CUACAAACAGAUUAAUUUCUAAAGAAGAUAUAACAUGUCAAAUGAAAGAUCAAUUGGUACUUCUACUUCACAAAUUCAAUUAUCUAAUGAUUUAAAAAAACCUGGUGAUCCUUUGAACAAUGUAUACAGUUCAAAGUAUUUCAACUUAUCAUUGGAUGAAAAGCGUACUUUUUAUAAAUGUGGAAACAAGUUUAAAACGUUAGAUGAUAUUCCAUUGUGGGAUGUUUAUAAAAAAAUCUAUUGCAAAGACAAUUAUGGUCAGGAAAAUAAAUAUCCAUCUCAAAAAGAAGUGAACUCUAAAGUUUCAUUAUGGCAAGGAGAUAUUACAACACUUGAAAUAGAUGCAAUUGUUAAUGCUGCAAAUCCAAGUCUGAUGGGUGGUGGUGGUGUUGAUGGAAGCAUACAUCAAGCUGCUGGACCUACACUCAAAAAAGAGUGCUCAAGCCUUGAUGGUUGUUGUAGCGGCGAGGCAAAAAUAACAUCAGGCCACUGUUUACCAGCUAAAUAUAUAAUUCAUACUGUGGGGCCAGUGGGAAAAAAUCCUGACCUUCUUGAAAGUUGUUAUAAAAACUGUCUUCAGCUUGUCCUAGAUUUUGAAAUAAAGACCAUUGCAUUUUGCUGCAUAUCUACAGGAAUUUAUGGUUACCCAAACAAAGAUGCUGCUCAUGUUGCUCUUAAAUACGUACGUCAUUGGCUACAAGAAAAUUAUGAUAAGAUUGAUCGAAUUAUCUUUUGCACAUACAUAUCUAAAGACUUUGAGAUAUACAAAAAACUCAUGUCCAACAUAUACUUUUCGUAAUUCGACAGUUCUAAUAAAAAAUCACUUAAAAAUCCUUUAAAAAAAUUAUUUUGAGAAAGAACGCUUUAAAAAACAUGAACAUGAAUUUAGUUAUUUGCAAAGGAUAAAUAAUCUCUUCUUUA